GCGUUGCGUUCACAACGAUUAAAACAUCUCAAAAUCUUUUCCAUAUUUAUUGCUUUAAACCAGAUAAAGUUGUGAAUUAAAAAUUGAAAUUUGUGGAAAAUCGAUUAUUACUUGUUUUAAAUGUUAGUUUAAGCAUCUUGUAUUGAAACGUGUUAAAACAAAUAAAAUAUUUAAAAAAAUAAGUUCGGAAAAUAAUGGCGGAUAAAAGCAAACCUGGAGAUUAUUUUAAUCGUCCCGAAAAGCUGGGAGCAUGGGUUGGAUUCAAACAAUUUUUAUGGAAUCCUGAAACAAAGCAAUUUAUGGGUAGAACGAGUAGCAGUUGGGCAAAAAUUUUGAUAUUCUACAUCAUCUUUUACGUUAUAUUAUCGGCAUUCUUCGUAGCAUUGUUUCUUAUAUUUACUUCAACACUGAAAGACGGUCGACCAAAAUAUGAAUUGAAAGAAAGUUUGAUUGGAGCAAAUCCAGGAUUAGGAUUUCGUCCAAUGCCUCCAGAAUCAAACGUUGAAAGCACUUUGGUAUGGUAUGAAAAACAAAAUACUGAUUACUGGGUUGAGGAACUUGAUAAAUUUUUAAAGGGUUUCAAUCCCAAUGAUGGCAUAUCUCGCAUUGAUUGCAAAAAGAAGAAGCCAGAACACGGGGAAUCAUGUGAAAUAAAUCUCAAUGCAUUUUCUCCUUGCACAUCUGAAAGAAAAUUUGGCUAUCCCGAAGGACGACCAUGCAUAUUCCUUAAGCUGAAUAAGAUUUACAACUGGCUUCCAGAAUAUUAUAACAAAUCAUCAGAGUUGAAUCAAGGAAUGCCGGAGACAUUAAAAAGUCACAUUAAAAGCAGAGAAGGCUCAAAAAAAGAUCUGAAUGUUGUUUGGGUAUCUUGUGAAGGUGAAAAUCCAGCAGAUAUUGAAAACCUGGGAAACAGUAUCAGUUAUUACAGUUUGGGAUCAGAACAAGGAUUUUUGGGAAAUUAUUUUCCAUUUAUGAAUAGCGAUGGAUAUUUGCAGCCACUUGUCGCUGUUCAGUUUUCAUCUGUUAAAACUGGAGUUCUCAUAAAUAUUGAGUGCAAAGCAUGGUCAAAAAAUAUUGCUCAUGAUCGAAGCGAUCGAAGAGGAUCAGUUCAUUUUGAAUUGAUGGUUGAUGAGCCCAAGUAAGGGAUAUUAAUGAAAAUUCUUAGUUUUGGUUUAGUAUGAGAACGGUCUUCAUUUUUAAAUAGCUUUAGCAAAAUUAUAUUUAUUAAAAAAUUCUGCAUAUAUGUGUUUGACACUAUAUGAGAAAACAAUUUGAAUCCUAGCUGAAACAAAAAUCAUAGCUAUUUGCUUCGUAUCAUAAAAUGAAAACACAAUAUUUUAAAAAAUCUGUCUAUCAGUCACUCUCGACAACAUAGCUAAUAAAAAUUAUUGCUAUUCUAAACGUAGGAUGAGUUUUUUCAAACAAUCUACUCAGUCAACUCAUGUUGUGAACACAUUUAUGCGAAACAAAAUUCAAUAAAAAAUAAAUA